GAAAUAAUAAUUUUCAAUUGUUGAUGUUGUUUAUAUUGGAAAUAAAAUUUAAGAUUCUUUUAUCAAAUAUCAAUCAUUCAUAAUAAAAAAUGGUAGUAUAUGGAGUUUAUAUUGUAAGCAAGUCAGGCGGUUUAAUAUUUAAUCACGAUCAUUCUGUUCCAAGAAUUGAGACAGAAAAAACCUUCAGUUUUCCAUUAGACAUUAAACUUGAUUAUGACAAGAAAAAAAUUUCUGUAGCGUUUGGACAGAGAGACGGAAUAUUUGUUGGUCAUCAGUUAAUAGCAGUUAAUGGAAUCACAGUAAAUGGAACAAUUCUGGAAGAUGGACGGGAUGUUAAAGAAAUUCUUGAAAAUGCAGAAAAUUAUCCAUUGAAUCUCCGAUUUUGUCGACCAAGAAUGACAACAAAUGAAAAAAUAUUCCUUGCUUCUAUGUUUUAUCCUCUUUUUGCCAUCGCCAGUCAACUUUCACCAGAACCAAAGUCAUCAGGAAUAGAAAUACUCGAGGCUGAUACUUUUAGACUUCACUGCUUUCAAACUUUAACAGGAGUGAAGUUCAUGGUUGUCGCAGAACCAAUUCAAACAGGUUUAGAAGUAUUACUCAAAAAGAUAUACGAACUUUAUUCUGAUUAUGCACUGAAAAAUCCUUUCUACUCUCUCGAACAACCAUUAAGAUGUGAAUUGUUUGACCAAAACCUUCAAGUUUUAUUAGAGUCUUUUGAGAAAACUGGAAUUACAAAUAUUUAA